CACUCCCUGUGCUCGCCAGUGGAAAACAUCUGGUUCCAGUGACAGGAAGGAGGAUUUCGCCUUCCGAGGACUCAAUUAUGUAGAUCUUAUGACGAUGCCUUGUCUGUGAAAACAACUCCUUGUCGAGAAAUACCUUUGAGGAAGCCGGUGAAGAGAGACAGAGCGAGAAAAUGGCGCUGCGCAAGGUGAAAGGCAACCUGGAGAGGAUGUUUGACAAGAACCUCACCGAUUUGGUCCGGGGAAUCCGUAACAAUAAGGAGACAGAGCCCAAAUAUAUAGCACAAUGCAUGGAAGAAAUCAAGACCGAACUGAGGCAAGACAACUUAGCGGUCAAAGCCAAUGCAGUCGCGAAGCUCACUUAUUUGCAAAUGCUGGGUUAUGACAUCAGCUGGGCAGGAUUCAACAUCAUUGAAGUGAUGAGUUCUCCUAAAUUCACCUUCAAGAGAAUUGGUUACUUAGCCGCUUCACAGUGCUUCCACCAAGAUACAGAGGUCCUCAUGCUGACAACAAAUAUGAUCCGAAAAGACCUCAAUAGUCAAAACAUGUACGACUCAGGCACUGCACUUACUGGCCUGGCUUGUUUCAUCAGUGGAGAUCUUGCUAGAGACUUGGCCAAUGAUGUCAUGACCUUGUUAACAUCCACCAAGCCAUACCUGCGGAAAAAGGCGGUCCUCCUCCUAUACAAAGUGUUUCUCAAGUUCCCUGAGGCCUUACGACCUGCCUUCCCCCGGCUUAAGGAGAAGCUGGAAGAUCCAGACCCUGGCGUGCAGUCAGCGGCAGUCAACGUCAUCUGUGAGCUGGCGCGCAAGAACCCUAAGAAUUACCUGAGCCUUGCACCAGUCUUUUUCAAACUCAUGACUUCUUCCACCAACAAUUGGAUGCUUAUCAAGAUCAUCAAAUUGUUUGGAGCUCUCACCCCCCUAGAGCCCAGAUUAGGCAAGAAGCUGAUAGAGCCCCUCACAAAUCUUAUCCACAGCACCUCAGCAAUGUCUCUGCUCUAUGAAUGCAUCAAUACUGUCAUCGCUGUGCUCAUUUCUAUUUCUUCAGGGAUGCCAAACCACAACGCCUCCAUACAGCUGUGUGUGCAGAAACUACGGAUACUUAUUGAAGAUUCUGAUCAAAAUUUGAAGUACCUUGGACUCCUGGCCAUGUCAAAGAUUCUCAAAACGCACCCCAAGUCUGUGCAAGCCCACAAGGAUCUGGUCCUACAAUGUUUGGAUGACAAGGAUGAGUCCAUACGCCUCCGAGCCCUUGAUCUCCUCUAUGGCAUGGUGAGCAAGAAGACUGUCAUGGAGAUUGUUCGUCGCCUUAUGACCCAUAUGGAUCGUGCUGAGGGAACCAUGUAUAGAGAUGAACUCUUACAAAAAAUUAUUCUCAUUUGCUCACAGAAUAAUUACCAGUAUAUUACCAACUUUGAAUGGUACAUCAGUGUUCUAGUUGAGCUUUGCCGAAUGGAGGGCACACAGCAUGGUGGCUUGAUUGCUAACCAGCUGAUGGAUGUGGCCAUCAGAGUGGUUGCUGUUAGAGAAUUUACUGUUGGCCAGAUGGCACUGCUGCUGGACAAUGCCCAUGUCAUAGUUGGUCCUGCAGCAGCUAGAUCAUCUAUAGCAGAAGUUUUGUAUGCUGCUGCCUGGAUCUGUGGGGAAUUUUCACAAUUACUAGCCAAUCCCAAGGCUACUCUAGAAUCAAUGGUUCGUGGUAAAGUUGUCUCUCUGCCAGGCCACAUACAAGCUAUCUAUGUACACAACAUGCUCAAGCUUUACGCGCAUAUCAUAUCCACUGCCGAAGAGGAGGAGGAUUCAGAGAUGAUAGAGGAGGUUACGAGUCUGCUUCUUGAGAAAUUACCUGUGUUCGUGUCAUCUGGGGAUCUAGAGGUACAGGAGCGUGCAUCGUGUAUCCUGCAACUCGUCAACUAUGUCCAAAAGUGCCACAAGAACGCAGAUAAGAUUGGAUCUGAUCUGAUUCUCCUGCUAACAGGGGAACUGAAUCCCGUGGCUCCAAAGGCCCAGAAGAAAGUUCCGCUACCAGAUGGACUUGAUCUUGAUGUCUGGAUUAACGAUCCACCAUCUGAGAGCGAGGAAGAGGAAAAGGAUGAUGUCUUCAAGAAGGAAAUAUUCGUGAAAAAUGACUCUUCCUCCAAAGACCGGAAGAAGGAGAAAUACGAGCCAACAGAGGAAGAGCUCCAGAAGCGACGGGAUGCAAGAAGGGCCGAGCAGGCAAGCAAUCCUUACUACGUCAAGUCCCACUCAUCCCCGAGGCCCAACCAUAACAGCUUGCAGGUGGACGAGAUCCCUGUGGCUGCUCUUGAUCUAAAUGUUUCUCUCAAGAUACCAGGCAUGGCCUCCUUGGACAAGUAUCAGUUUGUGGAGGGAAGGCAGGAGAGUGGUAAGAAACGUGAUAAGAAGCACAAGAAACGCAGCAAGAAGAGAGGUGUUCCAUCUUCAAGUAGUGAUGAGGAUGUGCCUCGAACCCAUGUAGUAAACACAGAUGUAGGUGAGAUGCCCGAAGGUGCUAACUUCUCUGAUGAAAAUGAACCUGAUGAUCGGCCAGAAGAUGAUCCACACAGAGCACUGGACAUUGAUCUUGACGAGCCUCUCGCACCCAAUGAAGUUCUUCCUACCAGAAGCCAUUAUGAAGUUCCCUGCAAAGCCAGCUCUGACAACCAGGAUGAAGUGAAUCUCCUUGCAUCUCCUGCCAAGAAGAAAUCCAGCGGCAAAAAGGAAAAGAAGGAUAAGAAGGAGAAAGGGAAGAAGAGCAAGAAAGAGGAGAAGAAAGUGUCCAGGAAGAAGAAUGGUGUUCCAAAGAAGGAGGAGAGCCUCAUCUUAGACCUCAUAGACCCACUCAAGGAGACGUCACUCGAUGAUGAAACAGUUCCUAGCACAGCAAACCACAUUAAUGGGGUAGAAGAAUCUAGUAGUAAAGAACAGCAAUCUGAUGAUCUGGACUUCUGGCUCUCCCCGGAGAACCCUCAUGCUGAAGCCCAUAUAGAAGAGGCUGACAAAGUAGCCCAGUUAUCAUCCACAGAGUUACAUAGUAAAGAAGAGAGCAAAUCUAAAAAGUCCAAAACCAAAAAGGAGAAGAAGACCAAGAAGGACAAAGAGAAGCAUGAGAAGAAGAGCAAGAAGAAGGCCAGGGAAGAGCCGGAGUCCAUGAGCCGCAACCGGGACGAGUACGAGGAGACCAAUGGCCUGGUCACACAGGAGGGGGAGGAGGAGGAGGAGGGGGAGGAGCAGUCCCAGCCACUCGCAAGAUUACUCGCCGAGGAUUCCGCCAUUAAGAUGAUGUACACAACUGCAGCUAUGGAUGGUAUUAUGAGUCAAGUUUUAGUUUGUAUUACAUUCUCCAAUCAGUCUUCGAAAGAUAUCAGCAAACUCCAGUUGAUUGUACCUGAUUCUGAUGCCUUGAAGAUGAUAAGAACAGAUCCAGAAUCAGACACAGUGAAUCUCCCUUGGACCUUAGAGGCUGGCAGAUCACGUGAGAGCCAAUUCUCCUUCACGGCAGAUGAUGACACAAUCCCUCACAAGCUACGAGGUUCUCUCUCCUAUACUCAGGAAGGUAUUGGUAAUAGUGAUAUCUCUCUCCGCCUCGACUUCCCUGUUGUAACAUUCCUCUCUGGCAAGACCGCAAGUCGUGCAACGUUCACAGAUCUUUUAGGUUCAGGUCAGCUGGCUGCCAGAUCUUCUUUCACGCUUCCAAGUUGUUCACGCUCAUUCCAAGAGGUUUUGGAUGAAGUGACCCGGGGAGGAAGCAUGGCUGUGGUGGAGUGUGUGGAUCAAACUGCCUCCCUCUACGGCCGGUCCCUCCAUGGACACCACGUGUGCCUCCUAGUCAAGUACCAGGCAUCGAGUCGCCUCACAGUUGACGGCAAGAGCACUGAAGGGACUCUCCUAUCUAACACCCUGGAUUACUUGAAAACCACACUCUCGCAGCCGCAGUAGUCUCAUCAGUUUGCGAUGUUGGGCAAAUUUAAAUAAAAAACAGGGAAAGGACCUCAUGAUGUUAGAAUGUGUCACUUACAUAUAUAAGCAUUUUCAUGUAAUAUACAGUUCAUUAUUAGGUGUUUUUCAUAUACCCAUCAUUCUACCACAUGAAUCCACGGAGAAGUUAUAGAUAUAUAUACAUAUUAAAAGAGAAAAGAUUUUUCUAUUUCAUUACGUAUUCAUACGUAUGAUAUGUGUCCAGCAACGCCAAGUGAAUAGGCUGUGCUGUGGAGGGAUGAUUUCCACUAGUAGGCAAACUGGGUGUGAUAUUUAACUUAGGAAAUAUAUAAUGCUUUAAUUUGCAAGCAUUUGGGGAUCAAGUAUUUUGUAUUCAGAAGAAAUAUUUGUUAUUGUACUGUAAUCCUGAAUCAGAGUAUGAGAAACUGACAAAUAAUCAUGUACAUUUGAUUUAUUGAUAUUUUUUCUUUUACCCUCCCCUGCUCCUUCCCCCAAACCUGCCCGCCCCAAAAUAGUUAUAUGGACUUUUUUUAUUUUAUGAGUCAUGCAUUGCAAAACUGAGAAAAGCAUAGAAAAUAAUACUCUAUAGAAGUACAUUCAUACAUAUGCAAUAACAUACUUUAUUUGUUUGUUUUUAGUCAUUUUGCUUUUUUUUUUUAUCUACAGAUGCCAUUUUCUUUAUAUCAUUAGAUUUUUUUUUUUUUUUACUAAAUGGUAAGUAGUUACUGAUUUUAGAAGGCAAAGAGGAUUUCACAGUUCAACACACAAAAAAAUAUUUACAUAUCGUAACAUAUUUUUGCCAUUGUAAUUUCUGUGAUCUGUAUCUUACUCUUUUUACAAUUUGCUCUGAUUUAUUUCAUCAUAUUUUACUUCUUAUGUGUUCUUUGGGAGAUCCAGUGAUAAGAAAGAGAAAUUGCAAAUCUUGAAUGAUGGUUUAAGAAAUGAAUUUUUUUUUGCAUAGUUGUUCAUUAUUUUGUUGAAAUUCAUUAGUGCCUUGCGUGUUUCUUUUCCAAUAGAUAUUUUGAUUCAUUUCUUUGUUUAUUUAUUUACUCGUAUUUUUCUUAUUUUUCACUUAUAUUGUGAUUAAUCUUCGUUCAGGUUCCUGCAAAACCGGUGAGACUUGCACUGCAUUUAUCACACAUUGAGAAUGAUUUAUGAACAUGACCUACAACAAUAUGCUGUAUGGUAAUUUAUGUUUGUGAUUCUUCCUGUUGCAUAUAUACUUUCAGAUGGUGAUUCAGUGUAUAAAGAAUAAGCGGGUAACCUCGUUCUCACAAUACCUCACCUUGAAAAUGCUUCUUUUUUAGAGAUGUUUGUUAUAAGGCAAAAAAAUGAAAUCUUCCUUGGUUAGUAAAGUAAGGCAGGUAUGACAAAUGCAUGCACACAAGCACAUGCUUACACAUACACUCAAUAGAGUCUGUUUCAUACUCCUAUCUCUUGUAAGUUAUUCUUUGACUCUCACCAUUUAGUUUAGUCUUAUUCUUGAUUUUUGUUUUUAUCUGUUUUUCUUGUAUACUUUUUCUAUCUCCCCUUCAUAUGCUAGCUUUUCCCUUCUACUUGCACAGUAGUUUUUUCCCCCAUCUCUCUCCCUUUUUCUUUUUUCCAUUUAGUCUGUUCCUUCCCCAUAAGAGUUAGCUUUUCCCCUUCUGCUUGUGGUGGCGGUGCUUCAAGUAUUUUGUAGGUAUAGGAAACAACUCCAUUUUGGAUAUUUGAUUUUGGGGUCUUCUGAUUUCAAGUUUAAUGAGAAAGCAAUGUUGAGUUUAGCAAGAUUACUAUGCCAAGAUGUGGCUUUAGGCUCUCAAGUAUAUUAAGAACAUUUUUUUCAUCGUGUUAUUGGUAACAGUUUUGCCUUAUGAUUGGAAAUUGAAUUGAGAGUGAAGCUUUUCAUGGUUUUAUAAGAUCCCUGUGUCAGUAAUUAUUGUCCAGUCUUACAGAGGAUUGUAGGAAAAUUUAGGAACAGAUAUUAUUUGGUAUUGAUAUAUAUAUAUAUAUAUUUUUUUUUUUAAUUCCUAUGAGGAAUUAAAAGAUAAUAGGAAAACAUGUUUUAAUGGACUUGAUAUCUCUCAAGAUCUGCAAAUUAUAGAUACCUGUGAUAUAUUUUACCUUUUGACUUAAUUUAUUCCAUCAAAAGGGAGAAAAAAAGAAUACCCAAAGUAUUUUCAUUCUGAAUAAAAGCCUAGGAUUCAUCAUCAUGGCAUUAAAGAGAACUGAAACUGCAGAGAGAAAAACAUUUUUAUAACCAGAAGAUUUGUCAAAGUUGUCAUUUACCACAGAUACUUAAGGCAGAUUUGAGUCAAACUAGUUUAUCAUUUUAGUUACCAAUAUUUAUUUAUUAUUAAUCCUUUUAAAUUUAGCUUAUACUAUCUACUGCAACAUUCCUUCUGAUAUACCUAUAAAGAGUAUCUGUUGAUAGCUGGUUGCAUUGAUUUUGAAAAAGAAAUAACUUGAAAGGGCUUUGUGUGUUUGUAGGUGCUUGUAUGCAUGUACAUGUAUAUACUAGAUAUUUGUUAUGAGUUAUCUAAAGACUUUUAUUAUUGAACCUGUAUGGCAUUAAGGAGCUCCAUAUCAGCCAGUAUAAAGGCCUGAUUUUGUUGUUACAGCAGUGAGAACAGAUUUCAAUUUAAUUUCCUAAACUAUCAGGAAGAAAAUGAGAGAAUUAACAAUUUGAACGUGUAAGCUCUUGUUUCAUCAGCAAGAUGUAUUAUUUGUGAUUGCAUUUGUUGAGGUAAAUUUACGUAUAAUUCAAGUGAAAGGUUUAAAAAAAAAUUAUAAUUGAUUAUAAAUGAUUGAGGAGAAUUCUACAAUUAUUCAGUUUAGUUUUCACAGAGCAUGUCCAUUCCAGUUAUUUUCCUUCUUAAUAAAAAAAAGAAGGAAAGAAAACGUGUAACAGCCAAAAGAUAAAUAUAUGGAAUAUUAUUGAAAUCCUACAGACAGGAGCAGCUAAUGCAGACAGCCUUUUUAUAAUCAUCAAAAUUAUAGAUAAGGGAAUAUCUCCCCAAAAUGUGCAAAGUUGAGGGAAAAACAUUGGCCAAAGGUGAUAUUUCGAGAAGUGCAAGAUACCGUCCCUUUCCUCACUGCGCUUGGUCCAGGUCAAACAUUUUUCUCGAGAGCAAACCCUUUCAUUUGAGGCAAGCAGGUGGAAGGAAGUAUCUGUUGCUAAUGUCUCCUAUGCAGUAAUGUUUUUAUUUUUGAUUAUUUUUUCCGUUGAUUUUGUUUCCACAUAUGAAAGUGUCUUGUAGGGUUAUUUUUAUCGUGAAAGAUGAAUUUAUUUAUUUACCUGUGGAGUAAUUUAUGUACAAGAUUUAAGAUCUAGUUUGAACUUUUACCAAAGUUGGUGUUCAAGAUGUUUGUUAACCAAUAAACAAAGCCAAGAAUUAUGUGAAGGUUGGAAUUGAUAAUCAUAGUUUAAUCACUCAUGUUAACUAUUUGUGUUUAAGAAUUUUAUCCUGUUGAUAUUCAGCAAUAGAAUCUGUUAUUUGUUUUUUCUAAUGUUCAUUAAACUUUGUUCCCCUAUCCAAUUUUGAUCAUAAGUUUUGAACUUUGAUCUCUCAGUGCAUCAUAAAUAUGAUUGACAACACUAGUGAUACAUUUUAUGAAAGAGGUUUGAUUCAGGUCAUGAUUACUUAUUUGUUUCAGUGUGUGUAUACAUACAGCAUGCCAUAAUACGAGGAAUUAAAAAAAGAGCAAUGCAACAUUACGUAAUGGGUAAUUCUUUCGUGCAUGGUAUACUUACACAGCUGUGGUCCAAUAUACCAUUUUACAAUUACUACCACUGAGCUUGUGCCAGAGAACUAUUGCUUAUGAUAUUCAGGGUUUUUAUGCUGAGAAAACUAGGAAAUGGUCAUGUCUCAUGUACAGACAUGGAUAUUUGUUUUCAACUAGUGUAAAUAUAUUUCGUGAAACUUG